AUGAAUUUUACAAAAAUAAAAUCAAUUUCGAAUGAAUCAAAGGCUUAAGGAUGCAAAAAAGAAUUGUAUGAAGUUUUAGCUGCCUCAAAAUAUCUGGAUAACAAAAUAUUCAAAUUAAUAAUUGAAAUGUUUAAAAAAGAAUCAAUUUCAGAUUCUUUAAGCUUUUUAUCUCAAGUAGAAAACCAAAAGUGUUGGGUAAAACACAUUAUAGAAUUUGACUUUUUAUCAAGUCCAUAUACAAAAGAGAACAUUAACAAGGUGAUAAAAGAUAUUAAGUAUUUUACAUAAGUUAUGAAAUAAAUUAAUGGUCAUGACUUUAAUAUAAUUAAUUAUUCCAAUGAAGAUAAUAUAAAAAAUAAAUAAGCUCUAAUUAAGAAAAUAUGUAAUGAUGAAAACAUAAUUGAAUUGUUAAGAUAUUUAGUUCAUCUCACUUCCAUUGAUAAUAAAUUCAUCUAAAGCGGAUCAAAUUCUCUUCAUUUGUUAGUAGAAAUGAAAAUUGAUCUAAGGUCGCAAUCCUUGGAAAAUAUUAAAAUUCAAAAUACCUCACUGCUGGCUGCUAAUUUUGCCAGAUGUGAUUUGAGUGGAUCUGAAUUUGACAAUGUCGUUGUUAGCGGGAUGAAUCUUAAUGGGGCAAAAUUAUAUAAUUGUAAAUGGAAGAAUUUAAGAAUGCAUGAUGGAAUAGAGCUAAAAGGUUAUGAUUGUGGGGUCAACUCAAUUUGCUUUUCUCCAGAUGGUAAAUCAUUAGCUUCUAGUAGUACUGACAUUUAUUUAUGGAAUAUUAAAACAAGAAAAAUAAAAUCUCUAUUAAAAGGAAAGUGUAGGAUAACAAAAGUCUGCUUCUAGCCUAAUGGUACAAUAUUAGUUACUUGUGGUAACAAAUCUGUAUAUUUAUGGAAUUUGAAAACAAGGAAAUAAUUAUCUAAACUAUGUGUUCAUGCUGCUACAGUUUAUUCAGUCUGCUUCUCUCCUGAUGGUACUAUAUUAGCAUCUUGCAGUGAGGACUAGUCUAUUAAUUUGUGGGAUGUUAAGACAUUAUAAUUAAAAGUCAAAUUAUGUGGUCAUAUUAGGGCUGUUUAUUCCGUCUGUUUCUCCCCUGAUGGUACUACAUUAGCAUCGUGCAGCGAGGACUAGUCUAUAAUUUUGUGGGAUAUACAAACAGGAUAACAAAAAGCCUAUUUAAAUGGUCAUACUAGUCGUGUUAAUUCAGUGAUUUUCUCUCCUGAUAGUACUCUAUUAGCAUCUGGUAGUGGGGAUUAUAAAUGCGGUGGAGAUUGUUCUAUCCGUUUAUGGAAUAUUAAGACGGGAUAAUUAAAAAGUAAAUUAGAUUUUGAUGAUCAUUGUGUUAUUUCGGUCAGUUUCUCUCCUGAUGGUACUAUAUUAGCAUUUGGUAAUGCAGAUAAUUGUAUCCGCUUUUGGGAUGUUAAGAAAGGAUUAAAUAAAACCAAAUUAGUUUGUCAUACAGAUAAUCUUAAUGAAAUCUGUUUCUCUCCUGAUAAUACUACAUUAGCAUCUGCAUCUGGCUGUUCCGAUGCGUCUAUCUGUUUAUGGGAUGUCAAGACAGUGUAACAAAAAGUCAAUUUAGAUGGUCAUACUAAGGCUGUAUAUUCAGUCUGUUUCUCUCCUGAUGGUACUACAGUAGCAUCUGGUAGCUAUGAUAAGUCCAUCCGGCUAUGGAAUGUUAAGACUGGGUAAUAAAAGUUCUAAUUAGAAGGUCAUUAAUAUACAGUAUUUUCAGUUUGCUUCUCUCCUGAUGGUACUACUUUAGCAUCUGGUAGUUAUGAUAAGUCUAUACGGCUAUGGAAUGUUAAGACUGGAUAAUAAAAAGCCAAAUUAGUUGGACAUUUUGAUAGUGUUAAUUCGGUCUGUUUCUCUCCUGAUAGUAUAACCCUAGCUUCUGGUAGUGGAUAGAAGAAUUGGAAGGAAGAUAUGUCUAUCCGUUUAUGGGAUGUUAAAACAGGAAAAUAAACCGCCAUAUUAGUUGGUCAUACUAAUGGUGUUAGUUCAGUCAGUUUUACUCCUGAUGGUACCACAUUAGCAUCUGGUAGUUAUGAUAACUCUAUCCGUGUAUGGGAUGCUAGAACAGGAUAAUAAACAUUCGAAUUUGAAGAUCAUUAGCAUAUAAUUUAUUCAGUUUGCUUCUCUCCUGAUGGUACUAUAUUAGCAUCAGGUAGUUAUGAUAAAUCUAUCUGUUUAUGGGAUGUUAAGACAAGAUAUAAAAAGUUCGAAUUAGAAGGUCAUUAGUAUACAGUGUAUUCAGUUUGCUUCUCUCCUGAUGGUACUAUAUUAGCAUCUGGUAGUUAUGAUAAAUAUAUCUGUUUAUGGGAUGUUAAGACAGGAUAAUAAAAAGCUAAAUUAUAUGGUCAUACUAGCACUAUUAAUUCAAUCUGUUUCUCUCCUGAUGGUAUUAUAUUAGUAUCUUGUAGUGAUGAUAAGUCUAUCCGUUUAUGGGAUAUUUAGUCCAUGUAAUAAUAAACCAAAUUAGGUGAUUAUUCUAAAAGUUUUAAUUAAGGCAGUUUUCCUAUUGAUGGAGCUCUAUCAGCUUCUUAAAGUGAUGAUAAAUAUAUUUAUUUAUACAAUUUUAAGACAGGAUAAUAAUUAGACAAAUUAGAGGGUCAUAAUAGCAUUAUUAAUUCAAUCUGUUUCUCUCCUGAUGGUACUUUAUUAGUUUCAGGUAGUGAUGAUAAGUCUAUUCGUUUUUGGGAUUUUAACACAGGCCUAUAGAUAUUAUAAUUCGAUGGCCAUACUCGUGGAGUCUUAUCCGUGUGCUUUUCUCCUGAAGGUGAUAUAUUAGCAUCCUGUAGUAGAGAUAUGUCAAUCCGUUUAUGGGAUUUUAAAGCAAAAAAAUAAUAAUUUAAAUUGGAUGGUCAUACUAAUUCAGUUUGGUCAGUAUGUUUUUCUCCUGAUGGUACUUCAUUAGCAUCUGGAAGUGUAGAUAACUCUAUCCGUUUAUGGAAUGUUAAGACAGGAUUUGAAAAAUCAAAAUUAGAUGGUCAUACUGAUUCAGUAUGGUCAGUCUGCUUCUCUCCUGAUGGUUGUACUCUAGCAUCAGGUAGCAAAGAUAAUUCUAUCCGUUUAUGGAAUGUUAAGACAGGACAAUUAAAAAUUAAAUUAAAUGGUCAUAGCAACAGUGUCAAUACAGUCUGUUUUUCUCCUGAUGGUGCUUCAUUAGUAUCUGGUAGUGUUGAUAAGUCUAUUCGUUAAUGGAAUGUAAAGACAGGACAAUUAAAAUCAACUUUGAAUGUUCAUAGCGAUUCUGUCAAUUCAGUAUGUUUUUCUCCUGAUGGUACUUCAUUAGCAUCUGGUAGUUCAGAUAACUCUAUAUUGUUGUGGAAUUUAAAGACAGGACACUUAAAAUCAAAAUUAUAAGGUCAUAGUAAUUGUAUCAAUUCAGUAUGCUUCUCUCCGAUGGGUACUAAAAUAGCAUUUUGUAGUGAUGAUUCAUCUAUUUACUUUUGGGAUGUUAAUAUAGAAAGCGAAAUCCCAUAUUUUGAUUAAAAUUAUGAAUGUAUGCCAGCAUAAAUGAAAACGCUACCUUUAUAAUAUAAUCCUUUUUCAGAAAGUGGUAUUUAUUGUAAUUAUUCUUAUAGUAAACGCAAUAACACCUAUUCUUCUUAUUUUUAAAAAGCCAAUAUUUUAAGCUCAAAAUGCAUUAAUAGAGCAAGGAGAAUUUGUAAAUUAUUAUGGUGUAGAUUUAAGACAAUUUUUCAAAUCCAAAGGGAGUUGUUUUUUGGAAAGUUAAGUAGAAUUGAAAUAUAAGUGA